AUGUUGUCUGCACGAGCCUAUCAUUUUGCCAUGUCGACCGUCAUGAAAAAUCUGAAGAUAGCCGUUCACGAUGGUUGCCUUAUGUUGGACCCACGAGGUGACAUGCGCAUGAUCCACACUCCUUUAAUUGCAUGGAUAGCCGACUACCCUGAGCAACUGCUCAUCGCGUGCAUUACAUUGAAAUGUUCGCCAAUUUCUCUCGCUUUAUCCACACAAUUUGAAGAUCCCUCACCAUCUCACACUCUCAGCGCUAUUGCAAGGGCAUGCACUACUUCUGACCCCUGUGAUAUUGCAGCCUUUCACAAGACGUUCCUGUCCCUGCAUCUCAAUGGCAUAAUCAAGCCAUUCUGGGGGGACUGGGGGGUCGCAUGUCCAUCCUACUUUUUGACCCCGGAUGGUCUCCACCAAUGGCACAAGUUCUACUUCGAUCAUCCUUUAAAUUGGGUGAUCAACAUCAUGGGAGGAGAGGAACUUGACCAUCGCCUAUCAGCUCUUCAACCUCAUGUAGGAGUGCGCCAUUGGGCAAACAGUGUCUCCACGCUGAAGCAGUGCACUGGUAGGGAGCAUCGAGACCUAGAGAAGCUUUUGCCUGGUGUCAUUGUUGGUGCUGUUCCAGAUCAAGUCGCAUGCGCAAUACAUGCUAUUACAGAAUUCAUAUUUCAGGCCCAAAGCCUGUUCCAUUGCGACGAGACCCUACACUCCCUAUCUGAAGCCCUUUGGGAGUUCCAUCACUAUAAAAGCAGUAUCAUUGCAGCAGGCAGUCGCCGUGGCAAGAACAGCCCUCUCAAUCACUUCGAUAUUCCGAAGCUAGAGUUAGCACAACAUGUCAUUCGAAGCACCCACGCUAUGGGUGCUCCGUAUCAAUGGAGCAGUGACAUUACCGAACGGUGUCACAUUACUCACGUUAAACGACCUUAUCGCAUGUCAAAUCACAAGGAUUUCCAUGGUCAGUGCUGCCGCUUCCUUGAUCAGCAGGAAAAG